AUUUAAUCUGUAGACCCAGUUCCCCAGCGCCUCCAGCCUGAACUGGAAGUGGGCAGCACUCUGGAGACCAGCGAGCCAACUGCACAGAAGUCUCUGACCACCUCAGGAGAAACCACACUUGGGGAAAAUGUUUGCGGUGCACUUGGUGGCGUUUUACUUCAGCAAGCUGAAGGAGGAUCAGAUCAAGAAGGUGGACAGGUUCCUGUAUCACAUGCGGCUCUCCGACGACACCCUUCUGGACAUCAUGGCGCGGUUCCAGGCUGAGAUGCAGAGGGGCCUGGGGAAGGACACCAACCCCACAGCCUCCGUGAAGAUGCUGCCCACCUUUGUCAGGGCCAUUCCGGACAGAUCAGAAAAUGGGGAGUUUCUUUCCCUGGAUCUUGGAGGAUCUAAGUUUCGAGUGUUGAAGGUGCAAGUCUCUGAAGAGGGGAAACAAAAGGUCCAGAUGGAGAGUCAGUUCUACCCAACACCCAAUGAAAUUAUCCGCGGGAACGGCGAAGAGCUGUUUGAAUACGUGGCUGACUGUCUGGCAGAUUUCAUGAAGACCCAAGGGCUGACGCAUAAGAAAUUGCCCCUGGGCAUGACCUUCUCUUUUCCCUGCUGGCAGACGAAAUUGGAAGAGGGUGUCCUGCUUUCAUGGACCAAGAAGUUUAAGGCCCGGGGAGUUCAGGGCACAGAUGUAGUGAGCCGUCUAACCAAGGCCAUGAAAAACCACAAGGACAUCGAUGUGGAUAUCCUGGCCUUGGUCAAUGACACCGUGGGGACCAUGAUGACCUGUGCCUAUGAUGACCCCUCCUGUGAAGUUGGAGUCAUCAUUGGCACCGGCACCAACGCGUGCUACAUGGAGGACAUGAGCAACAUCGACCUGGUGGAAGGCGACGAGGGGAGGAUGUGCAUCAACACCGAGUGGGGGGCCUUUGGGGACGACGGGGCCCUGGAAGACAUCCGCACGGAGUUCGACCGGGAUCUGGACCUCGGCUCUCUCAACCCGGGGAAGCAGCUGUUUGAGAAGAUGAUCAGCGGCCUGUACCUCGGCGAACUGGUCAGGCUCAUCUUGGUGAAGAUGACCAAGGCAGGACUCCUGUUUGGCGGCAAGAAGUCCUCCAGUCUCCACACUAAGGGCAAGAUUGAAACACGGCACGUGGCUGCCAUGGAGAAGUAUAAAGAAGGCCUUGCCAACACACGAGAGAUCCUCACGAACCUGGGCCUGGAGCCUUCGGAGGCCGACUGCAUCGCGGUCCAGCACGUCUGCACCAUCGUCUCCUUCCGCUCGGCCAAUCUCUGCGCGGCGGCCCUGGCGGCCAUCCUGACUCGCCUCCGGGAGAACAAGAAGCUGGUGCGGCUCCGGACCACGGUGGGCGUGGACGGCACCGUCUACAAGAUACACCCUCAAUACCCCAAACGCCUGCACAAGGUGGUGAGGAGACUGGUCCCGAACUGUGACGUCCGCUUCUUCCUGUCGGAGAGUGGCAGCACCAAGGGGGCAGCCAUGGUGACGGCGGUGGCCGCCCGCGUGCAGGCCCAGCGGAAGCUGGUGGACCAGGUGCUGGCUCUGUUCCGGCUGACCCGGGAGCAGCUCGUGGGCGUGCGGGACAAGAUGCGGGCUGAGCUGGAGUAUGGGCUGAAGAGGGACACCCACCUGCUGGCCACCGUCAAGAUGCUGCCCAGCUACGUCUGCGGGAUGCCGGAUGGCACAGAGAAAGGGAAUUUCCUUGCCCUGGAUCUGGGGGGAACCAACUUCCGCGUCCUCCUGGUGAAGAUCAGAAGCGGCCGGAGGUCAGUGCGAAUGUACAACAAGAUCUUCGCCAUCCCUCUGGAGAUCAUGCAGGGCACCGGGGAGGAGCUGUUUGACCACAUCGUGCAGUGCAUCUCCGACUUCUUGGACUACAUGGGCCUCAAGGGAGUCCCGCUGCCUCUGGGCUUCACAUUCUCAUUUCCCUGCAGGCAGACAGGCAUCGAUAAGGGGAUACUCAUUGAGUGGACCAAAGGCUUUAAGGCUACUGACUGUGAAGGGGAAGACAUGGUGGAUAUGCUCAGGGAAGCCAUCAAGAGGAGAAACGAGUUUGACCUGGACAUAGUUGCAGUUGUGAAUGACACAGUGGGGACCAUGAUGACCUGUGGCUAUGAAGAUCCUAAUUGUGAGAUUGGCCUGAUUGCGGGAACGGGCAGCAAUAUGUGCUACAUGGAGGAGAUGAGGAACAUAGAGGUGGUGGAAGGGGACGAAGGGAAGAUGUGCAUUAACACAGAGUGGGGAGGAUUUGGAGAUAAUGGCUGCAUAGAUGACAUCCGGACCCAAUAUGACAAGGAGGUGGAUGAGGGGUCCCUGAAUCCUGGCAAACAAAGAUACGAGAAAAUGACCAGCGGGAUGUACCUGGGGGAGAUUGUGCGGCAGAUCCUGAUUGACCUGACCAAGCAGGGUCUCCUCUUCCGGGGGCAGAUUUCAGAGCGUCUCCGCACCCGGGGCAUCUUUGAAACCAAGUUCCUGUCCCAGAUUGAAAGCGAUCGGCUGGCCCUCCUCCAGGUGAGGAGGAUCCUGCAGCAGCUCGGCUUGGACAGCACGUGCGAGGACAGCAUCGUGGUGAAGGAGGUGUGUGGAGCUGUGUCCCGUCGGGCGGCCCAGCUCUGUGGCGCAGGCAUGGCCGCCAUCGUGGAGAAGAGGAGGGAAGACCAGGGGCUGGAGCACCUGAAGAUCACUGUGGGCGUGGACGGCACCCUGUACAAGCUGCACCCUCACUUUUCUUGGAUAUUGCAGGAAACGGUGAAAGAACUAGCCCCUAAAUGUGAUGUGACGUUCAUGCUGUCAGAAGAUGGGAGUGGGAAGGGAGCAGCUCUGAUCACUGCUGUGGCCAAGAGGCUGCAGCAGGCACAGAAGGAGAACUAGGAAGGCCUCGUGGGGGGGCCCAAUGCGCCUUGGAUGCUGACAAGCUUUUCCUCUGGCCGAUGACUUGAUCAGGGACCAACAGGCAAGCUUCUGGCUGUCUUCGCCUUCGGGAUGGCUGAAAGAGAACCCCAGUUUCUCGGGCAUUCUUAGCAUUUUGUUACUGGUUUUCAAGGGGAGUACAUGAAAGCUCUAGUUGGCAUAUUUGGGUCCAAGAUGGGCCAACUUGUAAACUCAAAGCAUGUGGCCGGAGAGAUCCUCUUUCAGCAAAAUUUUCAGUUGAGGCCUGGCCUGUCAGUUCUCUAUGGCUUUGGGUCUUGUGGCUGCUGGAUUUAACAGCAUAUACAUGAUCUGCCAUGUGGCCUGGCUGGCUGAGCUCCCACUGGCAUGCUUCGGCCAUUUCUGUAGUAGGCUGAGCCCUCUACUUGAUCUCAUCUAACUUGUCCUUAACUUGUCAUGUUGACUCCAAAGACUUUAGAGUUCAGGCCCAGGAUGAAGGAGGAUUGAUUGCCAGGAAGCCUGUAGGAACCUUCUUUAUGCUCACAGAGAGUAGUGUCAGCACCGUGUAGGAUUUUUCUCAAUCCCAUGUGUCAUUGGGAAGGGUGUCAUUUGCGGGACCUGUUUUUCAUUUUACAUGUGGUUUGUGUUGCUAUUGUUAAUACUUGUUUUAAGAACUAUUGGGUAUAUGAAAUCCAGUAAAUUAAUAAAAAAUAUUUAUUUCCCAAGAA